CAUUUCCAAAUUCAAUUCAUUCAAGAAAAUUCCAUUGCGGAGAUUGGUUGUUAAGAUCAUGAACAGCACACUAUAAGUAAUAAAAAAAACUUUUCGAAUGUCAACACCGAACUUUAAAAUAACGGCUUAAAUAAUUUGUCACAUAGGUAUAAAAAUUAACUAGCGAAGUUUAUUGCAGUCAAAAUUGUAAACACCUUCCGUGUUGUGAGCGCAAAUCAACUCACUCAAUAUUAUUGUGAAACGAUUGUAAAGGAAGUUAAAUGUGCAAACAAUAGCUUGUGUGUAUGAAGUAAAAAAAGAAAUAGUGAUAGCUUUAAUAUUAUCCAUAAAAAAAGAAAAUAUUCAAUUGAAAAAUAUCAAAUAAACAAAAUGGAGGUGCAAAUAGUUUACCAAAUGUUAUGUGCAUUAUUAUUCAUCUGUGUAUGCAGUUUAGGUUACACCAUGCCAACGGCAGAUUCAAUGGAUUCUCUUGAUGGUGUCCAAAACGAUGAUGAUUAUCAGUAUUCAGAUGAUGAGAGUAUGCCAAGUAGUCAUACGAAGUCGACAGAGGCAAGUCUUACUUUUGGUAUGGUUCCCUUUUUUGCUAGGAACAAUGUAACAGUUGUUACAAUAGCUGGGAAAAAUGCCGUCUUAGAAUGCCCCGUCAAAAAUUUGUCAGACCACAAUGUUGUUGUAUGGUACAAAGGUUCGAACGCCCUUACAAAUGGACCAUUAGUACUGAACAAAGAAUACACUCUAGAUACAAACUUUUCACUCAAAGUUAUUAAUGUCACCGAAGCCGAUCAGGAUGAAUACUUUUGUGAGAUUAUACCCCAAAAAAUACGUUUUCAUACAACAUUGAUUGUAAACGAACUUCCGAUUGAGACUAUCGUCCCAAAAAGCUCUACUUCAUCUCAAGAGUCAGUUUAUUUCAAAGUAUCAACGACAUUGACAACGUAUUCCGUGAUUGGAAUUUUCUUGUUCCUAAGGAUAUGAAAAAAAUUAUUUGUUUUAAAAAAAUCAUAUUGUAUAGAACUACGAGUAUAAGAAUACAGAUUGUUAACGUAUUUUAAUGUUUUCUUAAUUUGUAUUAUUUUGUGUCUCGGAUAAAAAUAAAGUUAUUUUAAUUUAUUAA